UAAUAUCCAAUGCCAAGUUGUUACAGGUGGGGGGACUGGUACCUAUCCUUUUGAGGCUGCUAGUGGAGUGUUCACCGAGGUUCAACCAGGUUCAUAUAUCUUCAUGGAUGCUGAUUAUGGGCGAAACUAUGGAGAAGAUGGUCAACCGUUCGUCUUUUUUGAACAGAGUCUGUAUGUAUUAAGCACAGUCAUCAGUGUUAGUCCUGGUAAACGUGCUAUCUUAGAUGCAGGAAUGAAGGCAGUGAGCUUGGAUUCUGGUCCUCCAUUGGUAAAGGACAAUGCAGAGCUGAUUUUCAGCAAUGGAGGUGACGAACAUGGCAUCCUACGACCAUCAGGCAAUUUGAAGGUUGGCGAUCAAGUAUGGCUAGUGCCAGGCCACUGCGAUCCAACAGUCAACAUGUACGACGAAAUUAUUGGAGUGAGGAAUGGGCUUGUCGAAUCUGUUUGGCCGAUUACUGGACGGGGGCCUGGUGUCUGACAUUAAUGAUCACCGUACAUCUCAAAGAAUUGCGUUAAUGUGCUGACACAUGGAAAGUAGCAGAAGUUGUGUAGUAUUUAUAGUGGUAUUUAUAAUCAGUGACUUGAUAUGCCGUUUGGUCGAUCCAGCAUAACUUUGUCAAGUAGUACCAYGAACAGAAGAUUUGGAUUAAAUUUGCAUGUAUCCUAAUUAUAGGACAAUCUAUCGUAUUAAAAUCUCCCGCCAGUACGCCAGUUGCGAUAUCUUUGAAACCAGGGGUUUAGUACGAGUUUGACGUCUACUAAGGAAUCAUCUCUUUCUUUCCCUUUAUAAACGCCUUUGAAUUGUAAGCUAACUUAUGUCAGAACGUUGGUUCCUUAGUAGACGUCAUACUAGGCUAGACUCAGGACCCUAUGACAGUUCGCUUACAUUUCGGAAUUAUCGAGAAAAUUAUAUAACUUGAAAGCUUAAAAAAAACCCGAGCUAAACCCAUUUUAUUUUUCCAUGGUGGAUUUCCUCAACUCUGGAUAAAAUAGAGCGAUUCAUAUGCAUUAGUGUUAAGGCGUUGACAUGCAUACAGUGGAUUGUGUAGAGGCGUUAUAGUAAAGCCUGUCAAUCACACCUUUUUAACCUCAAAAGAGGUUAUGAAGAUGUGAAGUCUUUUCUUAAUCCAGAUCGCUUAGUUAACUCCAUUUUUACCAACGUUUUGUAAAGUGAUAUAUAUCUUUGAGUAAACCGCAGUGAAUGGAUGUCAUUAAUGGUACCCUAGACUAUUACAAUCAACCCGGACAUCUGCUUCCCGUCAUGACUAUCAAAAGGUUUUAGCUUUUAAUCUUUGAUUGUUGCGCUUGUUGGUGUUUUCUGUUUGCCUUCUUUUCGUUUAUUUCCUUUCUCUUGCAAUUUUMAGUAUUUUUAUUGUUAUAAUUUUAUGAUGUUUCAAUGUUGUAACUAUGUUUCAAUGUUGUAAAUAUGAGCAUGUUUUACCAAUUUUGAAUGCGUUAUCGCUCGUUUUGUUUUUCAUGCAUUCAUUUACCAUUCAUUUAUUCAUCCAGACUGACUGGACUACUAACCUUUAUCUUUACGUAGUUUGGAUUGAUUUUUUAAAAAACAAACAAGGAAAUAAACCUGACUUCAUUCGUUCA